GAGCGUGCUUUUAGUUAGUUUAUUUUUGGAAUCUAAACAAUGCCUACGACUUCUUGUGAGACAAGUCGUAGGCAUGUACGUUUCUUUCGUUUACCGAAGAAAGAAAUGGAUAUUUUCAAUGAAAAAAAUGCCACAUUGGAAGGCUGGAAACGUACUUAGCAACGGUUGCUAAGCUGAUCUGCAUUCCUGGGUGGAAAUUCCGCAUCAUAACAGCUCCUUUGAUGGUGAUGACAACGCAGUAGCUUCUCUGCUCUUGAAGACCGUUUAACGGAAUUAUUCUUUACUUCUGGCACUUUCUUUGUGAGAGACAGACGUGUUUUUGGUGAGAGAAAACUACACAGUUAGCGAUAGCUUGCGAUUUUCACGAUUUUUACAAUUUUUACUAUUUUUUACAAUUGAUUUAGUUUUACUUUUGAUUGAUUGAUUGAUUGAUUGUCAAUCCCAGAGUUUGCGCUGGGAUUGACAAUCCCAGAGUUUGCUUUACGAACCAGUGCAAACGAAGAAGCCAUGAACGACUCCACCAGUUCAGGGGCUCCAGUAGUCCCACGAGAGUUUAUUAUACCAUCGAUGGAACAUUUCUUUUCGUCCAUCUCAAUUGAGCAGACCAUGGAUUUGGCCGUAGGAGAACCCGAUGCUGACACCUUAUCUAAGAUCAAGGAGCUGGUGUUGAAUGUCGCGGAUGAAUGUACCGGCUUCAUCUACAUAGGACGCUUCACAUCUGGGGAUGUGGAAACCGCUGUGGGCGAGUCAGUGCUAACAUCAUUUCUAGACUUCCAUAGGAUGCGUCGAACGACUCAACUCAAGAGCUUUGACACCUUCAACAAGCAAUUUGUCAAACUUGUCAAAGCAAAAGUGAGCUAUUUCCUCGGCCCCAAGGAUAAUCAAUUAGCUUCUUAUGUCUCUGAGAUGGACAGAGUGGAUAUAAUGCUUCCACAUGCAGUGAGACUGCUAGAGGAACUGUUAGUUGAGUGGACUAGACAACAUGAGCAGAGGAAGCAAAACGUUGCUAAAGACCAGCAAGAUGCCCUCAAUAGGCAGCAGACAGAAGAGCUUCAGCCCAUCAGUUCUGAUCUGGGUGAUUCCCAGACUGUGGAAGAGGAACCAGAGCUUGAGGAGGCAGAAACAGAGAUCAACGAGGAGAGGGACUUUAUUCCUGAGGACCAGGAGUCAGAUCUGAAGCUUGUGGAUGAAUUCAUCUCUGAGGAGCUUUCAGCGAUGAACAAGGAAAAGGAGUUGGAGCUGAAGAUGGUGGACGAAUUCAUUUCUGAGGAGCUUUCAGCGAUGAACAAGGAAAGGGAGUCGGGGUUGAAAAUGGUGGAAAAAUUCAUCCCUGAGGAGCUUUCAGAGAUGAACAAGGAAAAGGUGUUGGAGCUGAAGAUGGUGGACAGAUUCAUUUCUGAGGAGGGUUCAGCGAUGAACAAGGAAAGGGAGUCGGGGUUGAAAAUGGUGGAAAAAUUCAUCCCUGAGGAGCACUCAGAGAUGAACAAGGAGUCAGAGCUGAAGAUGGUGGACAGAUUCAUCUCUAAGGAGGUUUUAGAAGUGAGCAAGGAAAAGGAGUCAGAGCUCAAGAUGGUGAACAAAUUCAUCACUGAGGAACCAUCAGAGGUCAAAGAGAUCAAAAAGAUCAUCUCUAAACACCAACAAUUAGAGACCCAAGAUAUCUCGGAGGAUAUCAUUGAACCCCGUAACAAUCAAGGGUUGAAUGGCAGAGCUGUUUCAGUAACCACAGCAAAACAGCAGAACAAAGGAGUUGGAACAAGAAUCAAAGCGUUCUUUCAAAAAUACAGUCAGCGACGAUACAAGAGAGUUGCACCACAGCAGCCACUGGCUGUUAAAGAGGAACCCAGUGAGGAGGAGAAGGAUGUUGCAGGGCUGAAAACAUCAGUGUCUGAGAAGCAGAUUCUUCAAGGAGUGAAUAGAAAGGGACAGGAGCUUAAGCCGGGACCAGAGGUUACCACACUGGAUGUUGAGCCAGCGCCAUUGGCUUCAGGCUCAGAGAAGGAAGAGCGGAAGUCAUCCAUCAGCCUGCUCAUUAAUGCACUUGUUAUGCAGGCAGUAACUAAAUCGGUGAUAAGAUGCAACUACAAAGACGUUCAAGCUAUCACCAAGAGGCUUUCUGAGAAGCUCUGUGCUGAGGUGGAGGGAGAGGAUUUGAAGGAGAUCCAAAAGAGUCUGAAGAAACUCAGUGUUUUCAUCUUGAGAGAGGUCUCUGAAAGGACUGGCUGGUCACAGGCCGACCUUUUUAUAUUGCUGGAUUUAAACGACUCAAACGUAGAGAAGGCAACGCUUUCUCUUUGUAGAGAGAAAAUACUGAAGACAGCAGAGAAACCCAUCCUCAAAAGGGUUUUCUCUUCUGUUGGCAAAGCCCUCUCCAAGCCCUUUAAAAAGUCCUUCAGGUGGCCCUGAAGUGGUCUGGUUAAAACGCUGGAUUAUUUGCACAACCUGCAAAAUUUUUUGGAAAUAAUCAACACAGCUACAUUCACUGACAAAUCUUUUCACCCAAUCUUCACCAAGUCAGCACCCAAUAGUCAUGGUCUGAAUCGGACAUUAUUUCAUCCACAGGCAGAUAGAUGAAUGAUGGGUGUCAAAAAUGUUGACUUCCAGGAGUCCGCUACGUCAGAAAGGGCCACCAGAGAGCAUGAGUGGUGGCACGGUGAGUGAAGCAGUGGUGUCACAGGCAGCUACCGGAGCGUCCAGCAGUCAGUCGGAGCAGCAGGUGAAGUGCACCCAUCCAACCUUCUACCAAUCCACAACUCCAACUUGGAAAAGAUGGAAAGAAGGAGACAAUCACCAACUCCACCAAACACCAAUCGUGUGCUGCCCUCAGCCUCUGUGGAUAUCAUCGCCUCAUCUGCAACAGAUACUGAUAAGAAUCAUUCACUCCACCAAUUUCCUGCCAACGUCAUUCUCUAAAUAUAUCCUCCCCUCCUCUGCACCAGACUCGGUUUCCUGAGGGAGACUUCAGAUGUUCUGCUCACACAAGUGAACUCUCCUUAAGAACCUUUACACCGCUCCUCUGUCUGCUCUCCUGGCUCAAGUGCUCCUCGAUAAUUCAUCGCUCUCACACCUGCCAGUCCACCCUCCAACCUUUUGCCGAUCCACAACUUCCACUAGGAAAAGAAGGACCGAAGGAGACAAUAAUUAACUCCACCAAUCUCCUGACCAACCUCAGCCUCAGUGGAUAUCCUCACCUCCUCUGCACCAGACUCGGUUUCUUGAGGGAGACUUCAGAUGUUCUGCUCAAACAAGUGAACUCUCCUUAAGAACCUCUACUCCGCUCCUUGUCUGCUCUCCUGGCUCAAGUGCUCCUCGAUAAUACAUCGCUCUCACACCUGCCAGUCCACCCCCCAACAUUUUGCCGAUCCACAACUUCCACUAGGAAAAGAAGGACCGAAGGAGACAAUAAUUAACUCCACCAAUCUCCUGACCAACCUCAGCCUCAGUGGAUAUCCUCACCUCCUCUGCACCAGACUCGGUUUCCUGAGGGAGACUUCAGAUGUUCUGCUCACACAAGUGAACUCUCCAAAAGACUCUACACACCAUUCCUCUGGCCGCCUUCCAGGCAUAAGUGGUCCAUUAUAACUCAUCGCUCAUUCACCUGCCUGCCCGAUCUACAAUUCUUACCGUGAAAAGACGGACAAAAGGACACAAUCAGUAACUCCACUUAGCACCAAUCUGCAGCCAACCUCAGCCUCUGCAUAUAUCCUCUACUCCUCUGCACCAGACUCGGUUUCCUGAGGGAGACUUCAGAUGUUCUGCUCAAACAAGUGAACUCUCCUUAAGAACCUUUACACCGCUCCUCUUUCUGCUCUCCUGGCUCAAGUGCUCCUCGAUAAUUCAUCACUCUCACACCUGCCAGUCCACCCUCCAACAUUUUGCCAAUCCACAACUUCCACUAGGAAAAGAAGGACCGAAGGAGACAAUAAUUAACUCCACCAAUCUCCUGACCAACCUCAGCCUCAGUGGAUAUCCUCACCUCCUCUGCACCAGACUCGGUUUCUUGAGGGAGACUUCAGAUGUUCUGCUCAAACAAGUGAACUCUCCUUAAGAACCUCUACACCGCUCCUUGUCUGCUCUCCUGGCUCAAGUGCUCCUCGAUAAUUCAUCGCUCUCACACCUGCCAGUCCACCCUCCAACAUUUUGCCGAUCCACAACUUCCACUAGGAAAAGAAGGACCGAAGGAGACAAUAAUUAACUCCACCAAUCUCCUGACCAACCUCAGCCUCAGUGGAUAUCCUCACCUCCUCUGCACCAGACUCGGUUUCCUGAGGGAGACUUCAGAUGUUCUGCUCACACAAGUGAACUCUCCAAAAGACUCUACACACCAUUCCUCUGGCCGCCUUCCAGGCAUAAGUGGUCCAUUAUAACUCAUCGCUCAUUCACCUGCCUGCCCAAUCUACAAUUCUUACCGUGAAAAGACGGACAAAAGGACACAAUCAGUAACUCCACUUAUCACCAAUCUGCAGCCAACCUCAGCCUCUGCAUAUAUCCUCCCCUCCUCUGCACCAGACUCGGUUUCCUGAGGGAGACUUCAGAUGUUCUGCUCAAACAAGUGAACUCUCCUUAAGAACCUUUACACCGCUCCUCUGUCUGCUCUCCUGGCUCAAGUGCUCCUCGAUAAUUCAUCGCUCUCACACCUGCCAGUCCACCCUCCAACAUUUUGUCGAUCCACAACUUCCACUAGGAAAAGAAGGACCGAAGGAGACAAUAAUUAACUCCACCAAUCUCCUGACCAACCUCAGCCUCAGUGGAUAUCCUCACCUCCUCUGCACCAGACUCGGUUUCCUGAGGGAGACUUCAGAUGUUCUGCUCACACAAGUGAACUCUCCUUAAGAACCUUUACACCGCUCCUCUGUCUGCUCUCCUGGCUCAAGUGCUCCUCGAUAAUUCAUCGCUCUCACACCUGCCAGUCCACCCUCCAACCUUUUGCCGAUCCACAACUUCCACUAGGAAAAGAAGGACCGAAGGAGACAAUAAUUAACUCCACCAAUCUCCUGACCAACCUCAGCCUCAGUGGAUAUCCUCACCUCCUCUGCACCAGACUCGGUUUCCUGAGGGAGACUUCAGAUGUUCUGCUCACACAAGUGAACUCUCCAAAAGACUCUACACACCAUUCCUCUGGCCGCCUUCCAGGCAUAAGUGGUCCAUUAUAACUCAUCGCUCAUUCACCUGCCUGCCCGAUCUACAAUUCUUACCGUGAAAAGACGGACAAAAGGACACAAUCAGUAACUCCACUUAUCACCAAUCUGCAGCCAACCUCAGCCUCUGCAUAUAUCCUCUCCUCCUCUGCACCAGACUCGGUUUCCUGAGGGAGACUUCAGAUGUUCUGCUCAAACAAGUGAACUCUCCUUAAGAACCUUUACACCGCUCCUCUGUCUGCUCUCCUGGCUCAAGUGCUCCUCGAUAAUUCAUCGCUCUCACACCUGCCAGUCCACCCUCCAACAUUUUGCCGAUCCACAACUUCCACUAGGAAAAGAAGGACCGAAGGAGACAAUAAUUAACUCCACCAAUCUCCUGACCAACCUCAGCCUCAGUGGAUAUCCUCACCUCCUCUGCACCAGACUCGGUUUCCUGAGGGAGACUUCAGAUGUUCUGCUCACACAAGUGAACUCUCCUUAAGAACCUUUACACCGCUCCUCUGUCUGCUCUCCUGGCUCAAGUGCUCCUCGAUAAUUCAUCGCUCUCACACCUGCCAGUCCACCCUCCAACAUUUUGCCGAUCCACAACUUCCACUAGGAAAAGAAGGACCGAAGGAGACAAUAAUUAACUCCACCAAUCUCCUGACCAACCUCAGCCUCAGUGGAUAUCCUCACCUCCUCUGCACCAGACUCGGUUUCCUGAGGGAGACUUCAGAUGUUCUGCUCACACAAGUGAACUCUCCAAAAGACUCUACACACCAUUCCUCUGGCCGCCUUCCAGGCAUAAGUGGUCCAUUAUAACUCAUCGCUCAUUCACCUGCCUGCCCGAUCUACAAUUCUUACCGUGAAAAGACGGACAAAAGGACACAAUCAGUAACUCCACUUAUCACCAAUCUGCAGCCAACCUCAGCCUCUGCAUAUAUCCUCUCCUCCUCUGCACCAGACUCGGUUUCCUGAGGGAGACUUCAGAUGUUCUGCUCAAACAAGUGAACUCUCCUUAAGAACCUUUACACCGCUCCUCUGUCUGCUCUCCUGGCUCAAGUGCUCCUCGAUAAUUCAUCGCUCUCACACCUGCCAGUCCACCCUCCAACAUUUUGUCGAUCCACAACUUCCACUAGGAAAAGAAGGACCGAAGGAGACAAUAAUUAACUCCACCAAUCUCCUGACCAACCUCAGCCUCAGUGGAUAUCCUCACCUCCUCUGCACCAGACUCGGUUUCCUGAGGGAGACUUCAGAUGUUCUGCUCACACAAGUGAACUCUCCUUAAGAACCUUUACACCGCUCCUCUGUCUGCUCUCCUGGCUCAAGUGCUCCUCGAUAAUUCAUCGCUCUCACACCUGCCAGUCCACCCUCCAACAUUUUGCCGAUCCACAACUUCCACUAGGAAAAGAAGGACCGAAGGAGACAAUAAUUAACUCCACCAAUCUCCUGACCAACCUCAGCCUCAGUGGAUAUCCUCACCUCCUCUGCACCAGACUCGGUUUCCUGAGGGAGACUUCAGAUGUUCUGCUCACACAAGUGAACUCUCCAAAAGACUCUACACACCAUUCCUCUGGCCGCCUUCCAGGCAUAAGUGGUCCAUUAUAACUCAUCGCUCAUUCACCUGCCUGCCCGAUCUACAAUUCUUACCGUGAAAAGACGGACAAAAGGACACAAUCAGUAACUCCACUUAUCACCAAUCUGCAGCCAACCUCAGCCUCUGCAUAUAUCCUCUCCUCCUCUGCACCAGACUCGGUUUCCUGAGGGAGACUUCAGAUGUUCUGCUCAAACAAGUGAACUCUCCUUAAGAACCUUUACACCGCUCCUCUGUCUGCUCUCCUGGCUCAAGUGCUCCUCGAUAAUUCAUCGCUCUCACACCUGCCAGUCCACCCUCCAACAUUUUGCCGAUCCACAACUUCCACUAGGAAAAGAAGGACCGAAGGAGACAAUAAUUAACUCCACCAAUCUCCUGACCAACCUCAGCCUCAGUGGAUAUCCUCACCUCCUCUGCACCAGACUCGGUUUCCUGAGGGAGACUUCAGAUGUUCUGCUCACACAAGUGAACUCUCCUUAAGAACCUUUACACCGCUCCUUGUCUGCUCUCCUGGCUCAAGUGCUCCUCGAUAAUUCAUCGCUCUCACACCUGCCAGUCCACCCUCCAACAUUUUGCCGAUCCACAACUUCCACUAGGAAAAGAAGGACCGAAGGAGACAAUAAUUAACUCCACCAAUCUCCUGACCAACCUCAGCCUCAGUGGAUAUCCUCACCUCCUCUGCACCAGACUCGGUUUCCUGAGGGAGACUUCAGAUGUUCUGCUCAAACAAGUGAACUCUCCUUAAGAACCUUUACACCGCUCCUUGUCUGCUCUCCUGGCUCAAGUGCUCCUCGAUAAUUCAUCGCUCUCACACCUGCCAGUCCACCCUCCAACAUUUUGCCGAUCCACAACUUCCACUAGGAAAAGAAGGACCGAAGGAGACAAUAAUUAACUCCACCAAUCUCCUGACCAACCUCAGCCUCAGUGGAUAUCCUCACCUCCUCUGCACCAGACUCGGUUUCCUGAGGGAGACUUCAGAUGUUCUGCUCACACAAGUGAACUCUCCAAAAGACUCUACACACCAUUCCUCUGGCCGCCUUCCAGGCAUAAGUGGUCCAUUAUAACUCAUCGCUCAUUCACCUGCCUGCCCGAUCUACAAUUCUUACCGUGAAAAGACGGACAAAAGGACACAAUCAGUAACUCCACUUAUCACCAAUCUGCAGCCAACCUCAGCCUCUGCAUAUAUCCUCUCCUCCUCUGCACCAGACUCGGUUUCCUGAGGGAGACUUCAGAUGUUCUGCUCAAACAAGUGAACUCUCCUUAAGAACCUUUACACCGCUCCUCUGUCUGUUCUCCUGGCUCAAGUGCUCCUCGAUAAUUCAUCACUCUCACACCUGCCAGUCCACCCUCCAACAUUUUGCCGAUCCACAACUUCCACUAGGAAAAGAAGGGCCGAAGGAGACAAUAAUUACCUCCACCAAUCUCCUGACCAACCUCAGCCUCAGUGGAUAUCCUCACCUCCUCUGCACCAGACUCGGUUUCCUGAGGGAGACUUCAGAUGUUCUGCUCACACAAGUGAACUCUCCUUAAGAACCUUUACACCGCUCCUCUGUCUGCUCUCCUGGCUCAAGUGCUCCUCGAUAAUUCAUCGCUCUCACACCUGCCAGUCCACCCUCCAACAUUUUGCCGAUCCACAACUUCCACUAGGAAAAGAAGGACCGAAGGAGACAAUAAUUAACUCCACCAAUCUCCUGACCAACCUCAGCCUCAGUGGAUAUCCUCACCUCCUCUGCACCAGACUCGGUUUCCUGAGGGAGACUUCAGAUGUUCUGCUCACACAAGUGAACUCUCCAAAAGACUCUACACACCAUUCCUCUGGCCGCCUUCCAGGCAUAAGUGCUCCAUUAUAACUCAUCGCUCAUUCACCUGCCUGCCCGAUCUACAAUUCUUACCGUGAAAAGACGGACAAAAGGACACAAUCAGUAACUCCACUUAUCACCAAUCUGCAGCCAACCUCAGCCUCUGCAUAUAUCCUCUCCUCCUCUGCACCAGACUCGGUUUCCUGAGGGAGACUUCAGAUGUUCUGCUCAAACAAGUGAACUCUCCUUAAGAACCUCUACACCGCUCCUUGUCUGCUCUCCUGGCUCAAGUGGUCCUCGAUAAUUCAUCGCUCUCACACCUGCCAGUCCACCCUCCAACAUUUUGCCAAUCCACAACUUCCACUAGGAAAAGAAGGACCGAAGGAGACAAUAAUUAACUCCACCAAUCUCCUGACCAGCCUCAGCCUCAGUGGAUAUCCUCACCUCCUCUGCACCAGACUCGGUUUCCUGAGGGAGACUUCAGAUGUUCUGCUCACACAAGUGAACUCUCCAAAAGACUCUACACACCAUUCCUCUGGCCGCCUUCCAGGCAUAAGUGGUCCAUUAUAACUCAUCGCUCAUUCACCUCCCUGCCCGAUCUCAAUUCUUACCGUGAAAAGACGGACAAAAGGACACAAUCAGUAUCUCCACUUAUCACCAAUCUGCAGCCAACCUCAGCCUCUGCAUAUAUCCUCUCCUCCUCUGCACCAGACUCGGUUUCCUGAGGGAGACUUCAGAUGUUCUGCUCAAACAAGUGAACUCUCCUUAAGAACCUUUACACCGCUCCUCUGUCUGCUCUCCUGGCUCAAGUGCUCCUCGAUAAUUCAUCACUCUCACACCUGCCAGUCCACCCUCCAACAUUUUGCCGAUCCACAACUUCCACUAGGAAAAGAAGGGCCGAAGGAGACAAUAAUUACCUCCACCAAUCUCCUGACCAACCUCAGCCUCAGUGGAUAUCCUCACCUCCUCUGCACCAGACUCGGUUUCCUGAGGGAGACUUCAGAUGUUCUGCUCACACAAGUGAACUCUCCUUAAGAACCUUUACACCGCUCCUCUGUCUGCUCUCCUGGCUCAAGUGCUCCUCGAUAAUUCAUCGCUCUCACACCUGCCAGUCCACCCUCCAACAUUUUGCCGAUCCACAACUUCCACUAGGAAAAGAAGGACCGAAGGAGACAAUAAUUAACUCCACCAAUCUCCUGACCAACCUCAGCCUCAGUGGAUAUCCUCACCUCCUCUGCACCAGACUCGGUUUCCUGAGGGAGACUUCAGAUGUUCUGCUCACACAAGUGAACUCUCCAAAAGACUCUACACACCAUUCCUCUGGCCGCCUUCCAGGCAUAAGUGGUCCAUUAUAACUCAUCGCUCAUUCACCUGCCUGCCCGAUCUACAAUUCUUACCGUGAAAAGACGGACAAAAGGACACAAUCAGUAACUCCACUUAUCACCAAUCUGCAGCCAACCUCAGCCUCUGCAUAUAUCCUCUCCUCCUCUGCACCAGACUCGGUUUCCUGAGGGAGACUUCAGAUGUUCUGCUCAAACAAGUGAACUCUCCUUAAGAACCUCUACACCGCUCCUUGUCUGCUCUCCUGGCUCAAGUGCUCCUCGAUAAUUCAUCGCUCUCACACCUGCCAGUCCACCCUCCAACAUUUUGCCGAUCCACAACUUCCACUAGGAAAAGAAGGACCGAAGGAGACAAUAAUUAACUCCACCAAUCUCCUGACCAACCUCAGCCUCAGUGGAUAUCCUCACCUCCUCUGCACCAGACUCGGUUUCCUGAGGGAGACUUCAGAUGUUCUGCUCACACAAGUGAACUCUCCUUAAGAACCUUUACACCGCUCCUUGUCUGCUCUCCUGGCUCAAGUGCUCCUCGAUAAUUCAUCGCUCUCACACCUGCCAGUCCACCCUCCAACAUUUUGCCGAUCCACAACUUCCACUAGGAAAAGAAGGACCGAAGGAGACAAUAAUUAACUCCACCAAUCUCCUGACCAACCUCAGCCUCAGUGGAUAUCCUCACCUCCUCUGCACCAGACUCGGUUUCCUGAGGGAGACUUCAGAUGUUCUGCUCACACAAGUGAACUCUCCUUAAGAACCUUUACACCGCUCCUCUGUCUGCUCUCCUGGCUCAAGUGCUCCUCGAUAAUUCAUCGCUCUCACACCUGCCAGUCCACCCUCCAACAUUUUGCCGAUCCACAACUUCCACUAGGAAAGGAAGGACCGAAGGAGACAAUAAUUAACUCCACCAAUCUCCUGACCAACCUCAGCCUCAGUGGAUAUCCUCACCUCCUCUGCACCAGACUCGGUUUCCUGAGGGAGACUUCAGAUGUUCUGCUCACACAAGUGAACUCUCCAAAAGACUCUACACACCAUUCCUCUGGCCGCCUUCCAGGCAUAAGUGCUCCAUUAUAACUCAUCGCUCAUUCACCUGCCUGUCCGAUCUACAAUUCUUACCGUGAAAAGACGGACAAAAGGACACAAUCAGUAACUCCACUUAUCACCAAUCUGCAGCCAACCUCAGCCUCUGUAUAUAUCCUCUCCUCCUCUGCACCAGACUCUGUUUCCUGAGGGAGACUUCAGAUGUUCUGCUCAAACAAGUGAACUCUCCUUAAGAACCUCUACACCGCUCCUUGUCUGCUCUCCUGGCUCAAGUGCUCCUCGAUAAUUCAUCGCUCUCACACCUGCCAGUCCACCCUCCAACAUUUUGCCAAUCCACAACUUCCACUAGGAAAAGAAGGGCCGAAGGAGACAAUAAUUACCUCCACCAAUCUCCUGACCAACCUCAGCCUCAGUGGAUAUCCUCACCUCCUCUGCACCAGACUCGGUUUCCUGAGGGAGACUUCAGAUGUUCUGCUCACACAAGUGAACUCUCCUUAAGAACCUUUACACCGCUCCUCUGUCUGCUCUCCUGGCUCAAGUGCUCCUCGAUAAUUCCUCGCUAGUUGUUACAGGUCCCCACCAGGGUAUAUGCCUGCAGCCCCGCACUGUGGGAGGCUUGAGAGCGACUCCGUCCCCUUUGAUGGUUCCUUGAACUCAGUGGAUGGCAUGUGCAACGGGCGCAGGGCUCGGGAAGAUGCGUUUUUCGCUGUUUUUCACAGUGGAUGGCAGGAGAUGGAUCUUUCUCCUCUGGCUGACUUCCCCCCGGCUACUCGACGUGACUUGAUGGAGAAGCUCCAAGAAGCUCAGAGGGACAGAACCACCCUGUCCUUUAGCAGAGCGCGCUGGAAGAGUCGUGCGAUUAUGAAACAGUGCAAGACCACAUUGCGGAUGAGGAGGACACAGUUACAAGAAUCUCUACCACCGUGGAUCUGAUGGAGACAUGCCGUGUCUCUAGAGACGGCCCUCGUGGCGACCCUUCACUCCUAGACCUGGCUUACCUGCUGGUCUGUGCCAUGGAAGAGCUGCCCGAUGAGACGCUGAACAUUUUGAGCAACAGCCGACACGAUUUUCUAGCAGCGUUUGAUGUGCUGAUGCACAGGUUAAAGGCGAGCCGUGGGACUCUGCCCAUCCAGUCGCUUCCUGCCCCGCUGCAGGACAACCAGGCCUUCCAGCAGGCGGAACAGCUGAGGAGAGACGCUGAGCAGCUCCGGGUGGAGAUGGAGAACACCGAUGGGGUUCUCCCAAUGCUCCUCGGCCUCAACGCGCACGGACUGGCCUUGCUCUGCACUGGCUUGUGUUAGCUGCAGCGUCUGCAUCUGCGUCUAUAUGCUUUCUUCAUUGGGAUUUAUAGUGCUGCUUUCCUCAUUGUGCACAUUUAUCCUGUAUAAGCUUCCUGUAUUUUGAAGGGAAAAAGAAUGUUUAAUGAAGUAUUUAAACCAUGUGCACUUAAUGUUUUCUGUUUGCUUGUUUUUCGAGGCCCAGUGGGAGAAUGAAGUUGCAGCUGGUGUGUGCAGAAGGGUGAAGCCGAUAUCAGAAAGCCUAAGAAGAUAACUCGAAAAAUGGUUCAAGGACGCAUCCUGAAAUCCUGGAAAAACAAGUUGCGCAACGGAGCUGCAUCCAAGGAGGAGCCAAGGGUCAUCGCACCAUGCUGUCAACCAAUAAAUGAACUGUUACUAUGCCCAAGAUGCUGCCUUAGCUUAUGAUCAGACCAAUAGGGUCUGUUUGGUCUCCCUUAAGGAGAACCCUUUUAUACCAGAUGCGCCAUUGUUAAAGCAUCCUUUUGGGGGCUUGGUGUUAGAACUGAGCUCCAUCAGGACCGUGCACGUUUAACUGUGCGGAAUGUAUUGCUUUGUUUAGAGUAGGAAUAAAACGCUUUUUAUUUUUCAAACUUAA